UACUGCUUUGUCGCUUAUUGUCGACCAGUAAGAAUGAACACAGCUGCUUGGCCUACUAAAACUCAUUUGAAUGUGAAAAGCCGUCUCUGUGCCUUUUACUCUUCCAGCGAACGCGUUUGAAACAUCAAAACAUCGUCAGAUAGCCUAUGUGGCAUUUAAACACAGCGUCGUAAAAGAGAAUUUAACAACAACAAAAUAUUUUCUGGCCGCGAAUGAACACUUGAAAGCAGAAAAUCACUAAAGGGUCUGUCUCGCAGAAGAACGGAAUAUGUUUGGUUUACAAGAUUUUUCGAUACGCCUUGGAAUCGUAUGUUUUGUUUGGUUGGGAUUUCUUCAAGAAAGCGUACUCGGUGAAGAAGACUGUUUGUCUAUUCGUACUGAAUGCAGACCGGGAGUCAUUCUACCCGUAUGGAAGGGCGAACCAUCAACGGGAGCGCGGAUCGGAAGAGCGUUUGUGUACCUUCUUAUUCUGCUAUUUUUCUUCUUAGGCGUUUCUAUAAUUUCAGACCGUUUCAUGUCAGCUAUUGAAAUAAUCACAUCCAAGGAGAAAGACAUCAAAAUUAAGGACAAAGUCACAGGCAAAGACCGUGUUGUCACAGUCAAAAUAUGGAACGAAACUGUGUCCAACUUAACKCUAAUGGCCCUGGGUUCAUCUGCUCCCGAAAUUUUGCUCUCUGUUAUUGAAAUUUGCGGGAACAAAUUUGAAGCAGGGGACUUGGGACCUUCUACAAUUGUAGGCUCUGCAGCAUUCAAUCUCUUUAUUAUCAUAGCCGUUUGUGUUUACGUUAUUCCUGAUGGCGAAAUCCGUCGAAUCAAGCACCUUCGAGUAUUCGCUAUAACGGCUUCUUGUUCUAUUUUUGCUUAUGUUUGGCUCUACCUAAUUCUAGCCGUGUUCAGUAAAGGUAUUGUGGAAGUUUGGGAAGGUGUUCUUACGCUAGCAUUCUUUCCUUUGCUUGUUGGAAUCGCCUAUAUUGCAGAUCGACAGCUCCUAUUUUACCGAGCCUUACGAGGAAGGAAGAGGAAACAGAAAAGAGGGGGAGUUUCUGUGAUUCAGACCGGUGAUUUCGAUGUCAUUGGUGUACAAAUUAAAAAGGAUGGCUACACCGAUGGUGCAAUUGCUGAAGCAGAUGACAGAGCCUAUGCCCUCAGUGAACUCGGACAGCAAGACCUCGAACAAGAGUUCAGUUUGCACGAUCUAACGGAGGAGAGACGCGAGAAAGCUAUUCAGGUGUUGAGAGAUAUACGUCAAAAACAUCCCGACGCAGACCAUGAAACGAUUGAACGACUACUUGAGCAAGAAAAUUUGCGCUUGCAGCCGAAAAGUAGAGCGUAUUACCGAAUUGAAGCAACACGAAAGAUGGUAGGAAGCGGGAAUAUGAUUAAGAUGAAACAUGACAAGCUCGAGAAAGCAAGCAGCUCGGUUGCAGAUGCAAAGCUCGAGCUACAAGACGUGGAGUACGAUGACCCUGCAGUUGUUAAGGUUUAUUUUGACCCCGUUGAGUAUGAGGUGAAAGAAAACUGUGGAAGCGUAUAUAUGACCAUCAAUCGAGCCGGAGGAGAUGUCAACAACACUGUGUUCGUGGACUUCAAGACCGAGGAUGGAACCGCCAAAGCAGGCGACGACUACGACAAAACAGAAGGAACUGUUUGCUUCAGACCAGGCGAAACGGAGAAAACUAUAUCAGUUGUUAUAAUUGAUGAUGAUAUCUUUGAGGAAGACGAACAUUUCACCGUCUCACUGGGUAAUGUUCGUAUCGCUGGACCUGAUGGCGAUCUUAUGCGCAAUACAUAUCGAGGGCCACCCGGUAAAAUCAUCCGAGGUGGACAAGCGACCAUUGUCAUCCUUGAUGAUGAUUACCCUGGUAUCUUUACCUUUGAGAGCGAUUCCAUGGCAGUUCCAGAGGCCGACAGGCUUGUCAAGGUUCGUGUAACUCGUAAUACGGGUGCACGUGGAAUAGUACGCAUCCCGUACCACACUGAAGAGGGAACUGCUAAAGGCGGCGGAGAAGAUUACGAAGAUGCUGUGGGCGAACUGGAAUUUGACAACGAUGAAACUCAUAAAGUUAUAGAAAUUGGAAUUAUUGAUGAUGAAGACUACGAGAAGAAGGAGACAUUUUAUGUUGUCCUUGGAGAACCAGAGGUUGUUAAAGAUCAUGAAGAGCCUCCACCACCAGAUGUAGAAUAUGAUGCUGAAAAGCAGCGUAUAGAAGAACUUGGAAAACCUAGACUUGGUGAAUUUGCUAAAAUUGAGGUACAAAUUAUUGAAAGCAAAGAAUUUAAGAACACAGUUGACAAACUUCUAGCCAAGGCAAAUCUUGCAUUAGUUGUCGGAACCUCUUCAUGGAGAGAACAGUUUAAAGAUGCUUUAACUGUAGGUGGUAGUGRUGAUGACGAUGAAAGYGAGGAACCAUCACCACCAACUUAUGGUGACUACAUGAUGCACUUCUUAACUGUCUUCUGGAAGAUCCUGUUUGCCUUCGUCCCUCCGACUGACAUUUGGGGUGGAUGGGCAUGCUUUACUGUAUCUAUUAUCAUGAUCGGUGUUUUAACAGCAUUUAUUGGAGACAUUGCUUCACACUUUGGCUGCACCAUUGGUCUUUCUGACAGUGUUGUUGCAAUUACAUUUGUUGCCUUGGGAACAAGUCUUCCAGAUACCUUCGCCAGUAAAGUUGCUGCCAUUAAUGAUGAAACUGCUGAUUCMUCAGUUGGUAAUGUAACUGGAAGCAAUUCUGUCAAUGUGUUCUUGGGUAUUGGCUUGGCCUGGUCAACAGCUGCCAUAUACCAUGCGGCUAAUGGAACUGAGUUUAAAGUAAGGGAAGGUUCCUUGGGUUUCUCUGUCAUGCUGUUCUGUAUUGCAGCUUUUAUUGCCAUCACAAUCAUGAUGCUACGUAGAAGUCCAAAAGUYGGUGGUGAGCUUGGUGGCCCAAGAAACUUCAAAAUUUUAUCAAGUUGUUUGCUAGCAGGACUGUGGAUUUUCUACAUCAUUUUAUCAUCRUUACAGACAUAUUGUCACAUUAGACCUGGAUUCUAGGUUUGUCUAUAAAAGAUUUUCACAAUGUUUGUUGAUGCAAUGCUACUUGAGCAUACAGGUUUUUGAUAAUCCAAAUACAUGCUAGCCUCCUCUGAAGGCAACCCUUCAUAUAUAUAUAUAUUCCUCCUUGGGCUUCCUUUGUAAUGGGUUUAUUAAUGAGUGAUUGGAAACCCAAGAACAGAGAGAAUCGCAAUGUCUGUGGAGGAGGCUACACUCAUCCAAGUACAGAUGCUGUUCGACACAAGCAAGAUAUGCAAUUGCUACUUCUGAAUAUCACUACGUUUAUAUGCAAGGAUCUGUACACUUUGAAGGAAAAAAAAUGUGAAAAGUGAAUACUAAGGCAAUAGGGAUGUAUAUUUUUAAAGGUCAAUUCUUGGGAUCAAAUAUAUAAUAAUUUAUUGUGAAUGUUUCUAAUUACAUAGAAAUUCUCAAAACUAAAUAUAAUAGAAAAUGCUUUCUAAAAGCAACCCAUAAUACACCUUUAAAGCACAAUUCAAAUUGCUAAGUGAAUUUCAGCUCUCAAAUAUGAGGCUGAAAUCAGUACUCUUUGAUAUUUAUAAAAUGCCAGUGAACUGCAUCAACAAACUUUGCUACGUAAAAAAAGUAGUAGCUAUUGGACAACAUUGAAUCUCAUAAUACAGUUCUAGAGAUUUUGACACGCUUUGCUUUAUAUUUGCUAUUUUACCUAUUACAAUAUUAUAUAUAAUAACUGUACAGAUAACGACAUUCAAGGUAUUUUAUCAUGUGCAGUUCAAUGGUCAACUUACUUUGAAUAACCGAUUCUUAGUAUUAAAAUGAAAUGAUAUAUUUUGAUAUUAAGCAGCUCUCAGUGUUUAGACGUUUUUUCUCUCGUACAACAGUUAGGAUUGAGCAUAUUACUAUUCUAACCUAAAUCUUAGAUUAAUUUUUAAAUGUUUCUUAAUUUAUUCAAUCRUAUGAAGCAUACCAUCGUGCUUAUGCAUAUAUGGCACUGUAUUGUCAAAACUUCAGAAGUUUUUGAAUCAAUUCUUAUUUAUAUUUAUUUUGGUUCAUGAACAGGUUGUAUGGUUUGCAGAAUGCAAUAUCUGUCCAAUGUUAUUUUAUUUCUGUUCAAAUUCAAACACAUGAAGAUUUAAGAUGAGGAAUAUAUUCUACAAUUCUGAUUUCAUAUUAGGGGGCUAUAGUAUGAUUUUCUCUACUAGUCAUUUAUGAAAAGCUUUUAGUGUUAUUACUUCAAAUAUGGGUUUUCAGUAUUGUAUUAUCAGUUAACAUUAUUUGUACUGCAAUUUACAUGCAGUCAUUGAAGUGUCUAUACACAAAGAAGCCAUUUUUUCAAUACAGUGCUUAUGAAGAGAAUUUUUUAUUUCGAAAAUAGAAUCAAUAUGAAGAGAAAACUAGUGUCACUUGAUGCAGGCUUCAAAUUUCAUAGAAAACUGGAUUUAAAAAACGUUGAUGAUGUCAAGUGAUUGACUCAUCGGAUUAAAAAAAAUGUCUGUUUAGUUUUUUUUUUUAAUGUCUGUUUAUCUUCACGUUAUUGUUUUGUAGAAAAUAUGUUUUAUUUUAUCGAAAACAAUAUUUCACUGUUUGACAGGGUUUAAUUUAGGAACACUCUCAUUACCAAAAACAGUUUAAAUUAGCAUAAUGGACUUUUAACUCUAUUUUUUCUCUGAAAUUUGAAGCCUGCAUCCAGCUGUGUUUUUCUUGUUCUAUUGACUCUAUUUUUCAAAUAAAAAAAAUUUGCUUCAUAAGCACUUUAAAAAGGGUUUGUGAUCUUUUAACCUGUGUCACAGUCUGGUUGUGACAUGGGAUAUGUGCUUUCAAGAAAUUAAGCAUAUUUUAGGAAUUUCACAUAAACUUAAUUUAUAUGUUUGCUUAUGUCUAUUAGAGUGAAUGUCAUAUAUCCAUGAAAGAAAUCAAACUUUUUAUCAUCUAAAGCCUAGUUUACACUCUAGCAAAUUUGUUGGGAAAUGUGAACAACAUUUUUUGCUGAAAUUUUGUYGCAGACAAAAUUGUGCAUGUUCAGCGCCUGCAAAUUCACAGUGAUUUCACGGCAACAGCUUGCAGGUUUAUCAUAAUAAAUCCAAAUAUGCUCUGAAUUUAGUGCAAAUCGCUAUGAUUUUACUUGGAAAUCAGCAUGAAUUUGCAGACUGUUUACAACACRCAACAAAAAUUUCUAGUGUAGACAGGCCUAAUGAGAGCAUUGACUAUGUUUGUCAAAUAGUUGGCUAAAAUUGUUUAUUGGUGCAAUUUGUUACAAAUUGUUUCGAAGAUAUAACAAAUGCAAUAGGCAUUUACUUAUGAACAAAAUCAAAAACAAGAAAACACAAUGGUUGUUGGAUAAGUUGUCAUUAUUGGAAUUAUAAAAGRUAUUGCCUCAUUGAUAUCAACUAGUUUUGUACUAAAUAGUGCUAUUUGACAUGACAACCUAUGCUAAGUUUUGUUUCACUGAUGGAUGACUAGCGCUCUAGUUUUAAUCUAUUAUUAUUAUUAUCCUGUAUAUAUUGUUUAGUUAUUUAGCACAAUUCACAAUAUCUCAGUUUAUUGUACCACGUGGGCAGGACCCAUAAACCAUUAUGCAUAGAAUUUAUGAAAUUAGUAUUAUCAUUAUUAGUAGGGACAGAUGUACGAGUUUUAUUGGUCGGGUUGCAGCAAUAUGUUGGUCUGUUACAAUAACAUUGUUAGAACCUCAGUAAAUACAGUAUAUGAAUUAAAUUACCUUGGAGAAUGUAGUAACACUGUGGUAGUAUGAGCCUUAUUAGAGUAAUAAUGUUAUCUAACUCAUARCCUUAUUCAAAACAUUGAUUUUUUUCCUCUCUGAAUUUUGUAAAGUUUAGAUGUUUUUGAAUGUUUGUCUUCAAUAAAACAGUUAAUAUAUGUGCCUA